AUGGACCUGCACGCCAACCGUGGUCCUGUCCUCAUCAGCAGCGUUUUCCCCGUUGCGACGGUGGCUACGUUAGCUGUCGUGGGCAGGCUCAUAUCUCGGCGUAUCAAAAAUCAGCCAUGGCUGAUGGACGACUUCAUGGUGAUCGCGGGAUUGAUCCUCACCUGGGGAUGUGCAGUCUGCGCAACCCUAUGCGUUGAAUACGGCAUAGGCAAACACCUCGAACCCAUUCAAGACACUUUCCCCUACGUCAAAUUCUGGAAGACACUCUACGCAUUCAACCAGAUCUACAUCGCGACGGGGCCCACGAUCAAAAUCUCCCUUCUGCUUCUCUACCGACGCAUCUUCGACACCUCACUUUUCCGUCGCGUCGUAUUUUGGCUCGUCUGUAUUAACAUCGCCUGGUGGAUUGGCAUGUGCAUAUCGGGCAUUUUCACCUGCGUUCCGGUCCAGGGCUACUGGCUCACGGACCUACCUGGCAGGAAAUGCAUGAGUCUUCUGGAUUAUGAUAUCGGAUACGCGGUGGUGAACAUCGUGCUCGACGUGUUCAUCCUCGUGUUGCCCGUGCAUAUGAUUUGGCGGUUGACCUUGACGGGGACGCAGAAGGUUGCGUUGACGUUUAUCUUUCUAUUGGGUUCUUUCGCCUGCGUAACGGCAUUGAUGCGUCUCCUCGUCUCAAUCCUCCACGUCGACGACCCCGAUCUAACAUGGGUAUACCUCGACGCCCUAAUCUGGACCGUGGUCGAACCCUCCGUCGCAGUCAUCUGCGCCUGCCUACCAACUCUCCGUCCCGUCCUCUCGUAUCUCCUCCCCCGAAAACUCUCCCUCAGCUCAGCAACUCGAACUAAGACGAAAUCAGCCUCGGGAUACCCCAAGGGCUCGACGCAUUCUGUUGAUCCACGACUCUUCGCGCGCCUCGAUGACGCGGGAUCCAUGAAAGCGUUGAACCAGACAACGGUGCAAGCGGGGGUGUCAGAUGAUCAUGAGAGUGAGGCGGGGAUUGAGGGGAUUCGCGUUAGGCAGAGUAUUGAGUUACAUGAAUAUCGGUAG